GCCCACGCAGCAGGUGUGCGUUUUGCCUUCACGGAAGACAGUCGAGCGCGCGCCAGUUAACGCAAAGAUGUCGAGGCGUGCAGUGUGGUUGGAGGUCGAAACAGCGAACGCGAUCGUCUGGCUACUGCUGGUCGCGUUAUCAGCCUUCGCGGCUGGCUUUCCCGCAGCCCGGGAAAAUGGAGCCGUCGAUUCAUCCGGUGCGCUUCCAUUCCUGCAAUUCACGAAUGGCGGGAUAAGAGUGAAUUUCGGAGGUUACCACGCGCAAGCAGGUCUUGGCGGUCUCCUGACAGGAUCGAGUAAGGAUGGAGGUCUGCACGCCAGUGCCGGAACUCCCUCGGGUGCACACGCCAGCGCCGGCCUUGGUGGUACCAUCGAUGGAGGUCCUGCGGGCGGCCUUCAUGCACGAGCGGGUCUGGGUAACGGAGGUCCGGAGGCGGAGGCUGGAUUGGCAGGAUCGGUCGCCGGUCCACGACCUCAAGGCAUUUUAUAUGCAGAUUCGUCCCGGGGGAGCUUCGCUGUCCUCGACGAUACCAACAAAAUUGAGAAUUUAAAUACGCGUAACAAAAAUGUCCAGAUAAUACCGCGACAUAAGAAAGCUAUUAAUCAGGAAUCAUCCGCUUCCACUUCUUCUGCUGUGAUAACAAAUCCAGUAAUACCAACCAAGGAUGGAGGUGAAGAGGCCGAAAGGAUCAAGCACCCGGCACGCUGGUACUUUCGGAAACGACUGCACGAGCGCGUCGGUCCUGCCGCGAGCAAGACUUCUUACAAUGCCAUUGCCUCUCCUCCCGAUCAUGCAGAAGCAACAACACGGUCGAGUCCACUGACCCAACAGCCCGAACGUGGACCACCGGACUGGCAGCCUCAAAACCACCAGGGCAUUUUUACAAGGGCCACGGCCGGUACCAGCGCCAGCGGCACCGGGACCUUCCCCAAGUACAAGACCUCAACGCUCUUCGACGAUAUUUUUAACAUACCGAUAUCCGCAUUAAAUGCAGUUAACCAGCUUUUGAAAAAUCACGUCGGCUGAAGAGGAAAACU